GCUGGCAACUCUGGCCAGUUGUAGGCAAGGCAAUAAAAAUUGAUAGAUAGAAAAUGAUGUUGUCAAAACCACCUGAAAGAUAGUGAAAUUCGGCUUAAUUUUAAAUUUAGAUCACGCAGCGGACAAGUGAGAUGUGCUAGCGGAUAAGAUAAGAUGCUGGCCCUGGGCAGAACGGCCUCGAUGGGCGCCCUUGCCGCCCGUCCACUCCCUUUCCCCCUCCUUCUCCCCCUUCCCCUCGCCAGUCACCUGGCCACGCGAACGAAAACAAAAACAAACGUACACAAACAACAGGGGCAGCAAACAGAUGUUUGUCGCCUGUUACGUAAUCUCGCCAAUUUGGCGCAAAAUUCAAUGACGCCGCCGGCGGGCAGAGGAGCAGCAACUCAUUCACACCAGACUCGCAGGCGCCUCCACAUUUCAUCGGCGGACAAGUCAAGGUAUUCGGCCAGCACCAUCAUGACCUCGUAUCACAAGGAGCUGCUCCUGCAGGACUACGACAUAGUGGGCUUCGAUCUGGACGGCACUUUGCUGCGCUACAAUCUCCGCGAGAUGUCUGCCUUGAUUUACGGAGUGCUCAAGCAGUUCCUCGUGGAGCAGCGGGGCUACGACAAGGAGCUACUGGCUCAGCCUCUCCAACUGGACUUUCUGCAGAAAGGCCUCUUCCUCGAUGGACCACGUGGCAAUGUCCUGAAGCUGAGCAACGAGGCGCAGAUCCUAAGAGCCACCCAUGGCACGCGUCACCUAAGCGACUCGGAAAUCCUAGGAAUAUAUGGGAAAGAUAGAAAGUGGGACAUCACCACCGCCUUCCGCAAGGAUCCCCUGUCCACCUGGAACGGCGAGGCGUCCACGCAAAUGCGCUCGCUGCUGGACUACUUUGAUAUGCCCAGUGCCUUGGUCUUUGCCCAGGCGGUGGAUCAGGUGGAUAGGACUACAAAGAAGCCAUCUCCUGGCGAGGAUUACCAGGUCUGGCAGGAUGUGCAGGCGGGCCUGAUGAACAUCUACAGUCGGGAGCACUUCUCGAACGACAAGAGUCUGUAUUUCAAGAGCAUGCGAGCGGAACCCGCCAGGUUUGUCCUUAAAACCGACGACAGCGUGAUGAAAUGGCUGCAGGAGCUGCGAAAUUCAGGCAAGAAGCUCUUCCUGCUCACUGGAUCCAAUGUAGACUUUGCCAACUUGACGGCCACGCAGGCGCUGGGCAAGAAUUGGCGAGAGUACUUUGAUUUUGUGGUUACGUACGCCAAGAAACCGGGUUUCUUCACCCUGCAGCGGCCUUUCAUGCGCGUGGAUGUGCAGCAAUUGGCGGAACUGCCGCAGGAGGCGGCGGAAAUAAGGGCGGGCGAGGUCUACUCCCAGGGCAACUGGCACCAGCUGCACGCGGAGCUGGCCAAGCUGCUGCAGAAGGAGCCUUCCCAGGCGAAGGCUCUGUAUUUCGGUGACAACAUUGUGCAGGAUGUCUAUACGCCGGUGAAACAUCGCGAUUUCGAUGCGGUGGCCAUUGCCGAGGAGCUGCUGCUGGAGGAUGGUAAGUAUCCCUAUUCCGCCGAGUUGGAUUCCCAGCUGUGGGGCUCCUACUUCGCCCUGGACUGCACACCCACGCUGUGGGCCAGCUUCAUCAGCAGCUACGCCCAGUUGUGCGUCCCAUCGGUGGAGCAAGUGGCGCAGACCUCGCCGCAUCAGCGCAUCAUCUGCUCCAAUCCGUAUGGCUUCAGUCCGCGGCUGCCCAAGGAGCUGGAGACAGUGCAGCUGAAGAGCUGCUGGCGGGGUUAAGAGCCCUUGUUAUCAUCUUCCUGGAGACAAUAAACGACCUGCGAUCCCGGAACCUCUUCAAAAUUCUUACGUACAAACAACAAAUUGUAUUUGAUGAUAGCAAUAAACAGCGCCAACUUCUGGAAUAUUCAAUUA